AAACAACACGACAAGCCUACUGUUCUCGAAUGCAACCUCCCAUGGAAACGAUUGAGCUUUCUGCAGGCAACUUCAAAAAAUAAAUCUCCAUUUGUUGACCACAUGUGUGAUCGGGCGUUUCUCUUCAUGCCACUGUUGGUGCCGUUGGAGUAGGUUGUUUGUAGGUAUGACGAAUGUUGACCGAGACUACUAACAACCGGCUCCGGCAAAAUUAUUUUGCGAAAAAUGAAGAAAACAGACCGGACUGGCGCGAUACCGGGUCAGUCUUAUCGCGGCACUACGCAUCAGUGGAACGGCCAAGCAGCCGUCUUUGCGGAACAGGAGUUAUUGUUAUGGUUUAAGUUUGAGCUAGUUUAAAGGGAUUUCACAAAGUGUUACCGAGUUACGCCAAACGUCGCUGAUUCUAAACAUACAACAUAGGCCCAGCAUGGUACUUAUGUAGUGAUUGUGUACAAUACAUACAGCAUCAUAUGUUUUCUGCCGGUUCUGUGCUGAAUUUUCGGACACGUGCGUGCGCACCGAAGUUCGGAGUACUACGAAUUUUUUUUUUUUUCAGCAAUUGCGAAAUUAUUUUCGGCAAAGUGAAUCCAAAGUGUAGCUGAAGUUGGAACAGUUUUCUUAUUGCUCUAAAAUAAACAACGGACAGUAUAGUCAGUUCCUCAAUUCUACGCAACUAUUCAUUCGGGAUACGGGAAUGUCCACAAGCGGUCCCAAGGUCGAUAGCACCACAACUACCACCGGAAAUAGCAGCAAUCCGUCCGACAGCAGUGACGAAGACGGAGGUCUGGUGAUGCGUCCUAACGGAAACGGCACAGAGGAAAAAAUGAACGGGCACACGAUGGUUAGUUCCAGUACCAGUCCCGGAAAUGGCAGCCCUAUGAAUGGCGUUAACAUAGCAGUUCCCGUUACGGGAGGAUCACCAUGGAAGCGUAAACAGCUGAUGGAUCUAAAUCCGAAUGGAAGUCUGGACCUGAGGAAGCUCAACAUGCGGCGGAAUUCCAGCUAUGGAAAAAUUCCGUCGGAAAAUGUCGAAGCCAAAGUUUUGGUGCUCUACACAGGCGGUACGAUCGGUAUGAUGCGAAAUGAGAAGAAUGCACUGGAACCGCGACCGAAUGAGUUUGUACGACGAAUACGUCAGUAUCCCAAUAUGCACGAUGACGCAUACGCUUCCAAACGAUAUGGUCCGGCCAAAAAUAUGGCUCCACUGGUUCUGCCCUAUGUGGAAGGAGAACACCGUCGGAUUCUCUAUCAAAUUACCGAAUAUGAACCAUUGCUAGAUUCGGCCAACAUGGCCGUCGUAGAUUGGGUACGGAUAGCCACUGAUAUUAAACAAUCGUAUGAAUUCUUCGACGGAUUCGUCGUUCUGCAUGGUACCGAUACGCUGUCGUACACUGCAGCUGCCCUAUCUUUCAUGUUUGAAAACCUUGGUAAAACGGUAGUCAUUACUGGAUCUCAAAUUCCCAUAUUUGAGACCCGAACUGAUGGAAAGGACAACUUUACGUCGGCUUUGAUCUUGGCCGGGAACUACGUGAUUCCCGAAGUUUGCAUUUUCUUCAACAGUCGAUUGUUUCGGGGCAAUCGAACGAUCAAAACCAGUAGCAACGCGUUGGAUGCUUUCAAUUCUCCUAACGUUGCCCCAUUGGCCAAAAUGGGAAUCAAUGUGGAGAUCGACUACCGACUCAUAUUUCGACCAUGUACGGUUGAGAAAUUCAGCGUACACGUGCAUAUGGAUGAAAACGUUGGUUUAUUGCGCCUAUUCCCUAGCAUUUCCACAACCACAGUUAAAGCAUUCCUGCAGCCUCCGAUGAAGGGGAUCGUUUUGCAGUCGUAUGGCGCUGGGAACAUCCCAACCAAUAGAGCUGAUCUGGUGGCUGCUUUGAGGGAGGCAGCCGACCGAGGUGUUAUCAUUGUAAAUUGUACGCAGUGCAACGAAGGGGCUGUCUGCGAUCUGUACGAAACAGGCCGACAGCUUCAGGAAAUAGGAGUCAUCCCCGGCUUUGACAUGACUCCCGAGGCAGCCUUGGCCAAACUAGCCUAUGUACUGAGCAAAGAUGAUUGGAAUUUAGAGACAAAGAAAUUGAUGAUGAAAAACAAUCUUCGCGGUGAGAUGACCCACGAAAAAACUCCGGAAAUUCAGGAGUACGAUCUGAUUGACGCAGUUGCCCGUACUUUGCAUCUGAACUCGCAAAAGGAGUUAAGCCAACUGAAGUCUUCCCUGUUUCCGGCUAUGAUAAAUACGGCAGUACUUGCUGGAGACAUUGGAAAGCUCAACAACCUUAAAAGUUACGGUGCAAAUCUUUCGGCGGAAAACUACGACCAUCGUACACCGCUGCAUGUGGCGUGUAGCGAAGGAAACCUGGAGGUGGUUCAAUUUCUGCUACAAAACGGGGCAGCAGUUCACAUCCGCGAUCGCUACGACCGAACUCCUCUGAUGGAUGCCAUCUUGAACGAUCAGCAUCAGAUCAUUCGGCUAUUGAUCAAGUGUGGAGCUCAUUUGACUGGUUCGAUACGCACUAUCGGUGAUAAUCUGUGCAAUGCGGCAGCCCGGAACCUUCUGAAUCGAUUGGAGUCGUAUCGGAUUGCCGGGGCGGACUUAACUCAAGAGGACUCAUCCGGACGGACAGCGCUGCACGUGGCCGCCAUGUAUGGGAAUCUCGAAAUAACUCAGUAUUUGAUCAAAAACUACGCCGAAAUAAAUGCGGUGGAUUAUCUUGGACUGACUUCAUUGGAUUACGCCAUUAAACUGAAUGCACGACCGGUUAUGGACUUCCUCAUGGAAAAGGACGCCAAACGAGGCGAUGAGUUGACUGAUGAGCCUAAGCGGCCGGAUCUAAACGAUUCCUUUGACUAUUAAUAGGAUAUUAUUUUAGCGAAAUACAUUAAAAAAUAAUUUUUAAACACAUACAAUAAUUA